UGGCUGUGACUCCGGCCGUCUAGCUUGAAUCGCGUUGCUCUGUGACGGAAAUUCUGUGCUAUGCUUUCAGUCGGCUGACGACCGUGCAAGUGAUAACAUGUUGGUCGGUUGCGGCUCAAAAAACGGACGCGUACGUUUUGGUCCUUCGUAAUAGCCGGAUCUUUGUUUUUUCGUUCGAUUUCGGUUGUUUUUGGCGUAAAUUGGAUUUACUCGCUGCUGUCAGAAGUGAUUUUGUGCCUCUGCUGGAUUAUUUUUUGUUUUGUUUUUUUGGAUAUAAACUUUUUUUGUGUUGGUGUAUGUGGGUAUUUUUUUAGUGAUGGGUUCAGUGAGUUUUACUAAAUGAAUUUGAAGUGACUGCAUCAGGUCUAUGGCAAGACCUGAGGAUAACGAGGAACCCCUAGGCGACGACACAGACAUGUGGAGCAUGGAUGCCGGUGGGGCGGACUGUGACUGUCCAGGGCCGCCCCCCGAAUUUUUACUACCGCCGCCCCCCAGGCCGCCCUUACUACAACCCGCAGAUCCCAUGCAUUGCACUGAGGAUCCGCUACCUAUCGAAACGUGUGACGCUCUACCGCUGAUAGAUGCCAGCUAUAGGAGUAGUCCCUCUUUCCAGACAUCGGCUGUGAUAGUUUUGUGUUCCGUACUUCUUGGACUUCUUGUAUUUAUAGCAAUUAUUUUAAUUUGGAAGCAUAAAAGAAAAGUACAAAAUUUCUUACCUUGUAAAAACUCACCCCAAAACAACUGUGAUGUAAAUGCGGCAGCGGCAAUUUAUGAAGACCUUCACGACGUCAUAGCAAGGCCUACACCCACCCACCACCAUCAUCAUGCCCAGCUCGCUGGUAGGCGCAUCGUCGCACCAUCAAUUGAGAUGAUCGAUGUUAAGAACAAUAUCCACUACCCCAGCGGCUAUCCCAUGUCGCAACAUCCCCCCGUUUUCCUGUGUUCGUCUCCAGGGCCGGACCCGUACUGUUCCCAAGACCUCUACAACCCCGUAUACGAAGAACUAAGCGACGCCGAUAGCGAAAUGACACCCGCUCCUCAUAGCGAAGACGAAUUCGCUGAGGACGAACUGUCGUUGGCAGGCGAGAUGGAGAGACGGCGGCUGGACAUGCAACCGCCGGCAUAUAGAACGGAACCGUGCAUACGGCGAGACGUUCCGAGGUUUAGAAGGCCGCACGAACCUCUACCGCCAGUUCCAGGCAACAAACGCCAUCGAAGCCUAGACAGGCGGCGGCAAGAGUUUCACGAGGGCAUGCUUCUGGACGCCCUCCUCCAACUCUACCCCCGAGUCGGUAGCGUAGAACAGCCGCCCACCAGAGUCCGUCAAAUCCCUAGCAUAACCCAAAGAAUACAAUGCAUGACCCCGGGGCCAUACGAAACGGUACCCGUCAUAGGACAUUUAGCCACUUUCCGGCCCGUACCUAAACCCUAUUCGCAGGAUUCCGCCCUGGGCUCCGAUUCGGGGUACAGCAAUCACACGAGCAUCAGGAGCUCGAAUCGGGGCCGGCGGGACCCUAGGAGGUUGUCGCAACUUAGUGCCGAAUUGGCGUUGACUUAGAAUUUUUUUGUGUUCGGGUGUUGCGAUCGACAAUGACAUUUUUUUGUGUUCGAAUAGUGCAAUUAUUUCAAAUUAUUUCGUACUCAAGGAUUACAGGAAACUGGUUGAUUUGACAAAACGUACCCUACUUUGAUGUCUGGAAAACGAAAUUUAAAUUCAGUACUUCAUUUUAUCAAAUAUCAAUCGCGCAUAAAAGCAGUCCCACAUAAAAACAAUCCCGCAUAAAACCAAUCUCAUAUUAAAGCAAUCCCACAUAAAAGCAAUCUGAUAUAAAAGUAAUCCCGCAUAAAAGCAAUCCCACAUAAAAUCAUUAAAAAUAUCUUACAUAAAAUUAAUUUUUUGCGGGGAAUAUAAUAAUGUGUUAUUUCAUAUAAGUAUUGCCUCUUUUUCUCACAACAAAUUUAUCAGCACAAUGUUAGCACACCUAAAAAAUGUGAACGUACUAAAAAGUAUUGAGACUAUGAAAAAUGAAGGGAUGUUUGAAAAGUUCAUUUUCUUGCAGCACAGAUUCGGUGCGUCUAAUCAAUGUUUCCUAAAUUAUGACUUCAGUACGAAAUAUCAAAUUUACCAAAGUAUAAUAAAUUGUAAUGUUACACACACACUCUCUCAAGUCUGAUUGUAAUUAUUAAUAUUGAUAGUAUACCAAUUAUCACAGAAACUGAUUAAUAUCUAUACACCAGGGAAAGUACCACUAAUUUGUAUUAAAUCCACUAGCGUAUCCAAUAAUAUAUGUAAUUAAAUAUGAAACAUACUUCAAAUUUUAAUAAUAAAUCCUACAAAGUUGAAGCCAUUUAAACAAGUUUUAUGUUCAAUUUUUAAAUGAAUCCACACAUAAUAACACUCAUUAUACUAGUUUUACUAUUUUUGUCAUUAAAAUAAAAUCCUGUUUUACUGGUAAAAUUACUUCUACGAUAAUAUAGCUACUACCAUACCUAAUGACAACUGAUUUACAAUUACAAAAGAACUUUAAUAAUAAUUUUUUUAAAAACUUUCUUAUAAAACUAAUAGGUAUGCAACUAGUUAUAAAGUAGUGUAAAAUAAAGUAAUCUGUUUUAUAUUUCCAAUAAUAUAAGUCCUUGUUCCUGAGGUAAAUUUCUAGUGAAGCAAAAUAUUCCUUUGAAGGCUAUUGUUGGAUACGCUACUGGAUUUUGUUUGUUUCAUUUUAACCAAAUCUGAUUUUAAUAAUGCAUUAAAAUAGCAGCGCCUAAUUUGUGUUAAAUAGUGCGUAAAUGUAAACGAAAUUAUAAAUUUCUCCACAAAAGAAUUUACAAAUUAUUAAUAGUUUCCAAAGUUUGAUCAAAGAUUUACUGAAAAUAUCUAAAAUUUUAAACUUGAGAUCCCUUUAGCUACUUUCCUGUCAAAAAAGAUUGACAUGUCACGGACGUGCAAUAAAAAAUAAUAUUUCUACAAAUUUAUGAUCAAACCUUCACACAAAUAUUUUUUUUAAAUAAAUCACAUUUUGUAUGCCUAUAAAAAUCAAUUAUUUGGGGUAGCGAGUUAUAUAUUAUUUUGAUUAUAGAAUGUACAAUGUUAUUCUUGAGACAGGCAUAGGUAUCAAAAUAUUUCCUGAUUUUCAAAAACAAAAUGAAAUAUGUUUUCUAUUCUUCUAAAGAAUAUAAAUGCUAGUUCUCAGGAAUUACUCUGUACAAACACAACAUUCCAAUAUAAAAAUAGCAUAAAUUUUCGCAUCGAGGUAGAUUUGACAACAAUGUAGAAAGUUGUAAAUACUCCUGUAUAUUUUGGGAAUCUUUCGGCCAACCAAAGUUUUUUAGAAUCGUGAAAGUAUACCUACACUGUACUAUAUUGUAUAUUAUGUUCAUAAAACUAUUUAUAAUUUAUUAUUGUACAUUAUUAUAUGAUAGAUAAACAUGUUUCUAUAUAUUUAUUAAUUCUUCAAACACUGAAUCUUACCACGCAUACCACUUUUAGCAUGAAAUAUUUUAAGAAAAAUUGAAGCAUCUACAGUGUCUACUAACUAGAAAUUACAUAUUAUACCUAAUAAUGCCAACACCAUAACCCCAAACUAAGCUGUCAAAAUCAUUGAAUCAUUUACAAAUUAAACUGCUAACUAAAACAAAAAUGAAAAAAUAUUAAAAAAUAGAUUAGUAUUGAUUUAACCAAAGCAGAAUAUUCUACAAAACACUACUUGUAAUUUCAAGUUUUGGUAGACACUGUACAUGUUUCUCUAAUUCCAUUUAUUUAUUUAUUUAAUUAAUUUAAAAAAAAGUUUAAUAAAAGCUUCGUUCAAAAUAUCUUCUGUCUUUUCUAGGUACUCUAUGUUUUUUAAUCGUUUAUCAUGAUUUUUUAUUUAAUGAUUGUUCUCUUUUCUUUUCUUUUUUAUUUACUCUGUGUGUUCUCUCUCCCUUUAUAACCCUCUUCCUCUUUAUUAAUCUUCUUGUUAUAGUUAUUGUUUCUUAUUUCUCUUAUUAUUUCCUUUAUUACUUUGAACAUAAUUGUUUGAAAAUAAAGCUUUUAUUAUUCAAUUUUAAAACAUUUAGAUACUUCUUAUACUCUAGAUUUUUCUUUGAAUCCUGUUUCUUAUCUAUUUAUUUAAUAUGUUCCUAAAAACAUGAUACACUAGUUGUGCGCAAUACAGCAACAUAAUAGUCCAAAUUGACUGUACUAUAUUUGAGUUACGCAACUAUUUUUUACGCAAUGCACAAUGUUGGUGUACAUUGCACUUGGCACUUUGUAUAUUCCGCUACGUUCCUCUACAUUAUAUUCUUCUGCAUAAAGUGGUACAAUACAGCCAAGUAUAAUGUACAUUAAACUGUUCUUGAACUUUUAAAGAUAAUUCCUAUAAAUAAAAAGCUAGUGUAUCAGAAAAGAACAGGGUUUCAUUUUUCUUUUCUAUUCUUCGAAAACGGAGUUUAUGAAACAUGUAUUCGAAAAGUAGUCUCAUUGCACAAUAGUCCUUGUAUCCAAGUUAUUCUGAGCUAAAUCGAUUUAAAAUAUUCGAGAAAGUUUUUUUUUUUUUAAAUAAAGAACUUUCUUUGAUAUGUAUUUAGAAUGACUGGGCUAUUAGUUAUUCAGAGUAGACACAAGACCUAAUCAGUGUUUGUAUUAUGCUAGUCCAAUCAAUUUGUAAAAUUAUGUAAUUGCAUAAUUGAAAAUAUCAAUUUUCGUUGAAAUGUUCACCGAUAUGGGUAAUAACUUCAUUAUAAAUAUUAUUUUGUUAUUGUUUUUAAUCUACAAUUUUUAAUAAAUUUGAAUUCAAUAGA